UCGUCCUUCAUAAACUAUCCAAUCAUCUAUCUUCUCCAGCUCCUCUCCGAACACACUGCAAAUUUUCAUCAACCAAACCAAAAGCACACACACAAACAUGGCAGUCUCAACCUCAUUCCGAGUAUUUUCCACAAGGUUCCCACAACCUAUUCUCCACCCAACUAAAACCCCUGUUUUUCAAACCCUAUUUCUCAGUACAAUUCCUCCACAAACCCCCACAAAAAUCUCAUUUUUCAGGUCAAUUUCAAUCCAAAAAGUGCCCACAACUCCUCACGCAUCAUCAUCUUCAACCCCUUCAGCUUCAGUUAAUCUCCAGCCCAUUUCUGAUCUUCCCCCAAAGCUUCAAGAAAUUGUCAAGCUUUUUCAAUCAGUUCAAGAACCCAAGGCUAAAUAUGAGCAGUUGUUGUUUUAUGGUCGGAAUUUGAAACCCCUUGAUGCAAGAUUCAAGAUUUCUGAUAAUAAAGUUCAGGGUUGUGUUUCCCAGGUCUGGGUCAGGGCUUAUUUUGAUGACGAUAAAAAUGUGGUCUUUGAAGCUGAUUCUGAUUCUGUGCUGACCAAGGGCUUAGCGGCAUUGCUUGUUCAGGGUCUUUCGGGGGAGCCUGUUGAGGAGAUUGUCCGGGUUUCACCUGAUUUUGCUGUGCUUCUUGGGUUGCAACAGAGUUUGACUCCUUCUAGGAAUAAUGGGUUUUUGAAUAUGUUGAAGUUGAUGCAAAAGAAGGCUUUAAAUUUAUUCAUUGAAGCUGAGAAAAGUGGGAGUAAUGAGAUGGUGGUGGAAAGUUUGAGUUUGGGUUCGAGUACUGAUAAGGACGGUGAUUUGUUUGUGGGAGAUGGUGUGGAAGUCGAUGGUGGUGAUUCGGGCUCGAGUUCUGAUAAUGUGAUUGCUUUGGGGAGUAGAGGAGAGAGGAUCAGGGAGAAAUUGGAGAGAGAGCUUGAGCCUGUUGAAUUGAAAGUGGAAGAUAUAUCUUAUCAGCAUGCUGGACAUGCUGGGGUGAGAGGCAGUGAUGGAGAGACGCAUUUUAAUGUGAGAGUGGUUUCAAAGGAGUUUGAAGGAAAGAGUUUAGUUAAAAGGCAUAGGCUUAUCUAUGGGCUAUUGCAAGAUGAACUGCAGAGUGGACUUCAUGCAUUGUCAAUUGAAGCGAAAACACCGACUGAAGUUGGAAGCAGCUAAUGGAAUAGAGGUUUUCAUGUUAUAUAUUUUUUCUGAUAUGCCAUUUUUGUUUGAAAUUAGUCAGUAAACUUGUUUUAUGUUUCAUUGUACUUGUAGUUAGCAAAUAAUCUGAUACUAUUAUGUAUUUGGAAUGAUAAUACAAUAUAAUCAUUUACAUCUUGAAACAUGUAUCUAUUAU